GAGAAGACCGUCAACGUCACUCGUGUGUCACAGGUCACGUCAACAGCGGCGUUAUUGUCAGUUUGACCAUAGAUUCUCAAAAUGGACACAGAUUAUGCAGCACAAACCUCACAAUAGAAAGCGAGUUCCUGCACUUCGGUACCGAGCCCCGCCACAGCGAGGAUGUUCCCCAGCCUGGCCCACCGGCCAUGGCAUGUCUUCUGCAGGGUCUCCUUGCAGCACCGGGCGCACCUGUCGCAGCGGUGCCCGAGGUUCCCCCUGCUGUGCUCCGGUUGGCAGAGUGGAGGCAUGCAUAACGUGUGGUUCAGCCUUCCAGACUGCCGUGUUGCUUCUCUCGGGCUGGGAAAGGUGCAAUACUACUCUACCUCUGGCAACAGUGACGAUGGUCCCCCAAAGUCAGCAUCCGGUGAGGCUCCAUCAGCAGAGAGCGUCCUGUCUGCUGCUGUAAAAGCCACCCCAGCUCCAUCAGGUCCAACACCUCAGGGGCUGACAAAAACAGAGACAAUCCAAGUCAAAGUUCGGGCAGUCCUGAAGAAAAGGGAAUAUGGAGCGAAGUACACUCAGAACAACUUCAUCACAGCCGUCAGAGCCAUGAAUGAGUUCUGCCUCAAACCAAGUGAUCUGGUACAGCUUCGAAAGAUCAGAAGACGCAGCCCCCAUGACGACACAGAGGCGUUCACGGUCUUUCUGCGGUCAGACGUGGAAGCCAAAGCACUGGAGGUAUGGGGAAGCCAAGAGGCUCUAGCCCGAGAGAGAAGUCUCAGGAAAGAAGAGGAGAGGGAGUACCAAGAGAAUAUUUUUCGGAAUCAACAGUUGUUGAAGGAAUACAAAGACUUUUGGGGAAACACUAAGCCUCGAUCAGGUCCAAGGGCAACAUUCCUAGAAGGGCCGGGGAAGGUGGUCAUGGUCGCUAUUUGCAUCAAUGGGUUGAAUUUCUUCUUCAAGCUCCUGGCUUGGGUCUACACCGGAUCAGCUAGCAUGUUCUCAGAGGCCAUCCACUCUCUGGCCGACACCUGCAACCAGGCUCUCCUCGCACUGGGAAUCAGCCAGUCUGUCCGCAACCCGGACGCUGGCCACCCGUAUGGCUUCACCAACAUGCGCUACAUCGCCUCCCUCAUCAGUGGAGUUGGUAUUUUCAUGAUGGGAGCAGGCCUCUCCUGGUACCAUGGCAUCAUGGGAUUGCUGCACCCAGAGCCCAUGGAAUCUUUGUUAUGGGCUUACUGUAUUUUGGCUGGCUCUCUGGUGUCUGAAGGAGCCACGUUACUAGUAGCCGUCAAUGAGAUAAAGAGGAGCGCACAACUACAUGGAGUGUCUUUUUAUGAAUAUGUAAUGCAGAGUCGAGACCCGAGUACUAAUGUAGUGCUGCUGGAGGACGCUGCUGCUGUGUUAGGAGUCAUCAUGGCUGCUAGCUGCAUGGGGCUCACUUCACUUACAGGUAACCCUUACUACGACAGCCUGGGCUCUCUCGGCGUGGGCACGUUGCUGGGCGCCGUCUCGACCUUCCUCAUCUACACCAACACGGAGGCUCUGCUGGGCCGCUCCAUACAGCCUGAGCGCGUCCAGAAGCUCACCGAGUUCCUGGAGAACGACCCUGCAGUGAGAGCCAUCCACGACGUGAAGGCCACUGAUCUGGGAAUGAGCAAAGUGCGCUUCAAGGCUGAAGUUGACUUUGAUGGCCGAGUGGUGACACGGUCUUAUCUGGAAAAACAAGACAUUGACCAAAUCCUCAAUGAAAUUCAGCUGGUGAAGACCCCCGAGGAGCUGGAGAGCUUCAUGCUGAAACACGGGGAGAACAUCAUUGACACUCUGGGGGUCGAGGUGGACCGCUUGGAGAAAGAACUCAAGCAACGUAACCCGGAGGUUCGUCAUGUAGACUUAGAGAUACUAUAGUGGCGGACGGGUCUCCGCUGAGGGAACAUCCUGCUAAGAAAAGACGAGGAGAAGAUGAACGGAGGGCCUAGCCUGCCUCUGCUACCCAACCUGACACUCCCCCCUCAAAAAAACCUCUGUCUCUGCACAACUCAUCAAGUCUUACUGUAGAAUAGUCCACAACUGUAGCGGAGGACAGUGUUUGGGCAAUGAUCCGGGAUCUUUUGUUUGAACUUCAGUUACCCGAGAGUUCGACCCGCCAGAGAUCCACUUUCACAUCCAAGAGUGUUUCUUACUGAAGACUAACAACUGUCAUUAGUCGCCUGAAAUGUGUGUAUGCUCCCAUACACACGUAUGACAGUUUAGUCUUCAGGUCGUUUUGAACUCACAUUCCUGCAUGAAUGUGUUUUGGGUUUGGUUGAAAACAAGAUCCCCAAACAGAACCAGUAUCAUUUACUAGACAUGUAUUUACUUUAAUGUGAUGCUUGAACCACAGUGACAGUGUUUCCUCAAUUAGUACGAAGGGAACCUGAGUGCUACAUAUUCAAACCAGAUUUAACCGCUAGACAAAGUAGAUGUUUUUUUUCCCUUCUUCUUUUAAUGUAUAAACGGAGGAACUGCUGCAAAGUCCUCUUUUAUACGACGUGAUGAAUAUAUUUUAUUUCUAUUGCAGGGUUAUAAAAAAAAAAAUUAAAAGAUGUUAAGACUUUUCAUUUGAUUGUAUGGUGGAGUUGAAGACUGAACGAAGGUUAAAUACCGUUAACCAACAUGUGCUUAUGCAAAAAAAUAGAUAUUAGACAACGGUGGGGUUGUCGUGUAAAAUCAUUAUAUCCCUGCGAUAUUAUGAAGAUAAGUUGAAAGUCCAACUAACAAACGUAAUAAAUAACCUUUUAUUUGA